AUGCUAAAAAUCAUUCUACCAACAAUUAUGCUCCUACCAACCGCCCUCCUAUCCCCCCCGAAAUUCCUAUGAACUAACACCCCAACACGCAGCCUAAUAAUUGCAGCCCUUAGCCUCCAAUGAUUACUCCCCACAUACUUCCCCUACAAAAAUCUAACCCAAUGAACUGGCAUUGAUCAAACCUCCGCUCUACUACUAGUUCUAUCAUGCUGACUCCUACCCCUUAUAAUCAUUGCAAGUCAAAACCACUUACAGCACGAGCCACUCUCUCGAAAACGAACCUUCAUCGCAACCCUAAUCACUAUCCAACCAUUCAUCAUCUUAGCCUUCUCAACCACAGAGCUAACACUAUUUUAUAUCUCAUUCGAAGCCACCCUAAUCCCCACACUAAUCCUAAUCACACGGUGAGGAAACCAACCAGAACGCCUAAGUGCUGGCAUUUACCUACUAUUCUACACACUCAUUAGUUCCCUUCCCCUUUUAGUUACUAUCCUAUAUCUCAACACACAAACAGGUACUCUCCACCUAGCAAUACUAGAACUAACCCCCUUCACACUAACCAGCUCCUGAACUGGUCUCCUAUCUAGCCUAGCCCUAUUAAUAGCAUUUAUAGUCAAAGCCCCCCUAUAUGGAUUCCACCUAUGAUUACCCAAAGCCCAUGUAGAAGCCCCCAUUGCAGGAUCCAUAUUACUUGCCGCCCUACUCCUCAAACUCGGCGGAUACGGCAUCAUACGCCUCACCCUCCUAAUAGGUCCCCUCUCUACCCCCCUGCACUAUCCAUUCCUAACAUUAAGCUUAUGAGGGGCACUAAUAACCAGCUCAAUCUGCCUACGACAAACAGACCUAAAAUCACUCAUCGCAUACUCAUCCGUAAGCCACAUAGGACUAGUCAUCGCCGCAGGUAUAAUCCAAACACAUUGAUCAUUCUCAGGUGCAAUAAUCCUCAUAAUCUCCUACGGCCUCACCUCCUCUAUACUCUUCUGCCUAGCAAACACAAACUACGAACGAACCCACAGCCGAAUCCUCCUCCUAGCUCGAGGCUUACAGCCUAUUCUACCACUCAUAGCAACCUGAUGACUACUAGCCAACCUAACAAACAUAGCACUACCACCAACAACCAACCUAAUAGCCGAACUAACCAUCAUAGUCGCACUAUUCAAUUGAUCCAACCUCACAAUCAUCUUAACCGGAACAGCAACCUUUCUAACCGCCUCAUACACCUUAUUCAUAUUAUUAUCCACCCAACGAGGCCCACUCCCCACCCACAUCACAUCACUCCAAAACUCAAACACCCGAGAACAUCUACUAAUAGCUCUCCACAUUAUCCCCCUACUACUCCUCAUCCUUAAACCCAGCCUCAUCUCAAGA